CGUCAUUUGGCUUCAGUCCGUGCUCCGCAAAGCAAAUGGGGUAUGGAUGAACUGUCGUCUGCCAUAACAUAACCUUGAAGAGAUACCUCUUGGACGCGAUAGUAAACAAGUGGUAUCACUCGGUCAAGCGAUUUCCUCAAAAUCUUCACGAUGUCUGAAAACGCAAACGAAGCGACACCGGCUGAGAAAGAGACCGCCACUGAAGAACCAGACGUCGUCUCGGAGGAGGACCGGCAGUUCUUGACUGAGUACGUGCGAGAAACGGAACAGAGACUCGCGACGAAGGAGGAGAUUCGCGCAGCCAAUCUGAAUCCCACAAGACCUCCAGAAGCAUCAUUUAGUAAACUCGACUCGAGCCUCAAGAGGAACACUACGUUUGUCAAGAAACUGAAAAACUUCAGCAUGACCCAGCUUGACACAGUUUUGAAAGACAUGGCGACUUUAAACCUAACCAAAUACGUAAGCGAAGUUGCGACUGCUCUAGUAGACGCUAAAAUUAAAAUGACUGACGUUGCGCCUGCUAUUAGAGUGUGUAGCUUUCUCCAUCAGACAUACGCUGAAUUUUCCACUCAUUUCUUUGAAAAUUGGCAGAGGAUACUGUCGUUUAAGAUUGGCGAUAAGAUUGCAAAUCCCAGUAAGUUGAGAGUAGAUUUGAGAUUUUAUGCAGAGUUGGUAAAUGCUGGAAUAUUUACGCACAAGCAGGGCUUACCGUUGCUUGGCUCAGUAUUGACUGUAUUGAUCAAUAUGGACAAGGAGGAGCAUAAUAAUGCUAGCAUAAUAUUGAGUUUUUGCCGACAUUGCGGCGAGGAUUACGCCGGUCUUGUACCUAAAAAGGUGCGAGAACUGUCUGAGAAAUUAAACGUUACAAUUCCAAAGAGUAAACUGUUAACACCAGACAAGCAGCAGAACGUUAAGUUGUUACUGCGUGACUAUUACAAUUCUCUGUGCAAGCAUAUGCUAAAGGAGCACAAGGAGCUGCAGGCUUUCGAGAAGCAAAAUCGCAAAAUACUGCAGACUAGAGGAGAACUGAGCUCAGAACGAAAGGAAAAGCUGGAAGCUCUACAGGUUUCUUAUGAGCGUCUAUUAACCAGCGUGCAAAGCUUCUCCGAUACACUAGACGAACCGAUGCCCGAGCUUCCGGUAGACAACGAAAUAAAGACGGAAACAGAAGAAACACUGAAGAUGAUCAACGAGGGAGAAGAUAAUGCUAUGCUAGAGGAUAUGUGGGGUGAUGAAGAGACAAGACGUUUCUACGAAGUGUUACCGGAUCUGACUGUCUUCCUACCGGGCUCGUAUUUGAAGGAAACUCCGAAAGAUACCCCGAAGACGGACACAGCAAUAACGGAAGACGCUCUCGAUGAGGAAAUUGUAUUCGACGAGUUGGAGGAGACUGAAAAAAUCGAGGAACCACCCGAGGUGGAGGUGGAGGAACCACAAAUAUCCAACACGAGCAACAAGAUACUAUUGGACGCUUUUCUGACACAUCUGCCGAAUUGCGUGAAUCGUGAGAUGAUUGACAACGCCGCGGUGAAUUUUCUAAUGAAUCUUAACACGAAACACAACAAGAAAAAACUGGUAAAAGCUCUUUUUGGCGUUUCUAGAAUCCGUCAGGAUCUGCUACCUUUCUACUCUCGCUUAGCAGCCAUUCUUUAUCCAGUAAUGCCUGAGAUUGGCAAUGAUCUGUGUCAGAUGCUGAAGCAGGACUUUAAGUAUCACGUGCGCAAGAAGGAUCAGAUCAAUAUCGAGUCGAAGAUCAAAGUGGUCCGCUACAUUGGCGAGCUCGUCAAGUUUAAACUCUACUCAAAAAUAGAGGCAUUGUACUGCCUGAAGGUUUUACUGCACGACUUUACGCAUCAUCAUAUUGAAAUGGCUUGCAAUUUAUUGGAGAUCUGCGGUCGAUAUCUCUUCUGUUCGCCGGAUUCUCAUCAAAGAACCAAGGUCUAUUUGGAGCAGAUGAUGCGCAAAAAAGCAGUUACCGCGCUCGAUUCGCGCUACGUGACGAUUAUCGAGAACGCGUAUUACUUCGUAAACCCACCCGAAUCGACUGGUGGCGUCACAAAAAAAGACAGACCACCUGUACAUGAAUUUAUUAGGAAACUACUGUAUCAGGACCUCUCCAAGACGAAUACUGACAAGGUGCUCAAGUGGAUGCGUAAACUUGAUUGGGAGGACGAGAGCGUAUCGUCUUACGCUAUAAAAUGUCUCACUGCCGCCUACAAUGUUAAGUAUCCCAAUAUUCGAUGCGUUGGAAGUCUGUUGGCCGGCUUGGUAGCCCAUUACGAGACUAUCGGACCGCAGGUGGUCGAUGGUGUGCUCGAAGACAUACGACUAUGCAUGGAAAUCAACCUUCCCAAAUUCAAUCAACGACGCAUUGCCAUGGUUAAGUACUUGGGCGAAUUGUACAACUACCGAAUGGUAGAGAGUGGCGACAUUUUCCGCACUCUAUAUUUGCUUAUCACCUUCGGUGUCAGCGUGGAUCACUCCAUGCCUAGCAUGCUUGAUCCGCCUGACCAUCUCUUUCGCAUUCGUCUAGUGUGCACAUUAUUGGAGACUUGCGGCCAGUACUUCAGCGGCGGAUCCAGCAAGAAAAAACUCGACUAUUUUCUUGUUUUCUUCCAGAAUUACUUCUGGUUCAAGUACACGGACCCAGUCUGGACAUCCGAAAAUCCGUUCCCCGUUGGAAUAGAUUACAUGUAUCGUGACACAUUGACGAUGCUACGACCCAAAAUGCAAUUGUUCCAGAGCUACAAAGAGGCGCAAUGUGCUGUAGAAGAGUUGCGCAACACUCUCUAUCCGACCUUGGGUAAUCCUCCCGUUGACGAUACCACGGCGGAAGGCGAGAACGACAUGGGCGUUAUUCUGGAAGCUGAUGAAGAGACAGCGAUGACCGGAAAUGGUAGCGGGGACGCCAAGGGUAUGGCCGAGCUACAUUUCGAAGAGUCUGAAGAUUGCUCAGAGGCGCAGUCGGAAGAGGAAUGGACAGCCGAUGCAGAACGGGACGAUGCUAUGGGUACUCAAGAAAAUACUCAGGGUGAUCGAUCUCAAAGUUUGUCAGCGGACGGUGGCACCGAAGGUGUGAUCGUGGAUGUGACGGAGGAACUUAACGCAGCUUUACCGGCUGGACCACGGCGCGUGAGCUGUCCGGAGGACGACGAUUUCCUGUCGGCGUUGGAUAAAAUGGUCUCGGACAACAUACAGGACCGUAUGCGAGAUUCGGUCAAGCCACAACAAGUGGACAUCUCCGUGCCACUGCAUGUGAAAAGCACAAAGAAGACAUACGAGCAACUGCAGGAAAGGCCAACCGACAAUAGCACAGUAGAUUUUAUACUGAUGCUGAGGAAGGGCAACAAACAACAGUACAAAAAUCUUGCGGUCCCUGUAUCAUCCGAGUUAGCUAUGAAUCUCAGGAAUCGCGAACAGGAACAGAAAGAGGAGAAAGAGCGUGUAAAAAGACUGACCUUAAACAUUACUGAAAGGCAAGAGGAGGAGGAUUAUCAAGAAACUAUGAAUCAGAGCACGAGACCGGUCACGGUAAACCUGAAUAGGGAACGGCGGCAAAAGUAUAAUCAUCCUAAAGGAGCACCCGAUGCAGAUCUCAUUUUUGGACCGAAAAAAAUCCGAUAAAUACGAUUAAUAACUUUUCAAGGCGAACAGUUAUACUUCUUUGGGAAGUUGAUGACGCAUCCGUGAAAUGAAACUUCACGCUUCAAACUCAUCAAUUAUAUGACUAACUAACUGUAGUUAGUUUUUUCGCUUUUUAUUAUGUCUCAGACUCUCUUCGAAGAUGAACAUUAUGAUGUGUAUCGCACGCAUCUGAAUUUGGACAAAUGUAUUAUAUGUACAGAUCACGUAAGUUAGUGCAUUUAAACGAGUGAGUUGUAAGAUUGAUGCAAUAAACCCUCAUUUUAAAGAAGUUAGAAUAACUAACUUCUUUAUAUAUAUUACGAAUACAUAAAAUUUAUUUUCGGCCAAAACACAUAAAAAAAAGAAUUAAUAUGGACUAUUACAAUGCACUGCCGAUUUUUGAUUAUGCGCAGGGUUUACUGUAUCAUAUAAAUGCACUUUUAAUAUAACUAGGUAUACAUUGAUAUAUAUAUAUAUCAUUUAUCAUAUACAUGAUAAAACUUUUGUGUGUCGUGAAAUGUUGUUACUAGACAUUUUUACACAGACUUAUAGUCAAUCGUUAUUUUAUGACUUUCAACGAAAGCUAUGUUGUGAUAGAAUAUAUGAUCAAUUUAUAUACUUAGUCAUAAUAUUUUUAACUCCAUAUACCUUAUUUGAAAAAUAAAAUGUUCUCUUCUGCAGAUCGUGAAGUGAAAUUUGCAGGCUGUAUCAAACUUUCUAUUGAAAGAGCAAAAAAAAUAAAGAAAACUCAAUAUUGA